AGUGGUGCGCAUGUGCGGUGGGGAGUAACUAAGCGCUUGGCCAUGAGAUGUGUUUGCUCACAACAGGACCAAGGAGAGAAGCUACUGCAAAAUGAACAAUAUUUACUCCUAAAAAUUUGCACUGAAAUCUAUGCUCAAGACCAGUUGAAGCUGUUUAURUUAUCGAAAGACAGAGGACACUGUAAAUAUCCCGAUUAAUAUGGAUUUAGAGAUUCCUGUUGGUCUUUCGGACCUGCUGCAGGACUUUACGGUGCAUGUACUACGCGAGAAACCCGAAGAUAUCGUUGACUUUGCUGCCAAUUACUUUAUGAAGCUCAAAUUGAAAGAGAAGCGUUCAAAGGAUGGGCGAAAAAAUAAAAAGGGCAAGGGCGUCAGUUUUUCUACUGAACAAAAUGGAGAGGAUAUGGAUGAUGAUGAGGAUGAUGAUGAUAUGCCAGAGCCCCUGAAGAAUCGCUACGUAAGACGGCAAUCUGUCUGUGCCGAGCCUUUGAAUCCGGAAUCUGACGACGAUGAAGAUGAACAGCCGGUUGUUUAUCCAAAGACUGAUGAUCAGAGACAAAGACUUAAUGAUGCUGUAAAGAAUAUUCUUCUCUUCAAGAAUGUUGCUCUAGAUCAACUAAAUGAAGUAUUGGAUGCAAUGUUUGAAAAAAGAACCCAAAUAGGAGAUCAUGUGAUUGAUCAAGGCGAUGAUGGAGAUAACUUCUAUGUUAUAGACAAAGGAAAAUUUGACAUAUUUGUAAAGAUAGAGGGCCAAGAUAAGCUGGUUGGUGCUUAUGACAAUAAGGGUAGCUUUGGAGAGCUUGCUCUCAUGUACAACACUCCAAGGGCUGCAACAAUAGUUGCUACAACUGAAGGAAUUCUUUGGGCUCUGGAUCGAACAACAUUUAGAAGAAUCUUGUUAAAGGCAGCAGCUAAAAAGAGAAAAGCUUUAGAAGGUUUCCUGGAAAAGGUCCCUAUGCUCCAGGAAAUAACAGAAUACGAAAGAAUGAACCUUGCAGAUGCCCUCAACUCCAAAAGCUUUAAAGAUGGAGAAUGUAUCAUCAAGCAGGGUGAUGAAGCAGAUUAUAUGUACUUUGUUGAAGCUGGUGUUGUUUCUAUCAGAAUGCAUAACCAGAAUGAUCCCACAUCUGAAGUGGAGGUUGCACGGUGUGAACAGGGAGGAUACUUUGGGGAGCUUGCAUUGAUUACUCAUAACAAGAGAGCUGCUUCUGCAUAUGCUGAAGGAGAUGUUAACUGUGCAGUUCUCGAUGUCCAUGCAUUUGAAAGACUUCUAGGUUCUUGCAUGGAUAUUAUGAAGAGAAGUAUUGAUGGCUAUGAAGAACAGUUGAAGAAACUUGGAGUUGAACAUAGUGAGCUAAGAUAGAAACCAACCAACCAUCUAGAAGAACACAUUUUUGCCAAUGUCGUAUUUUGUAGACAUAUAGUUCCCAUAAUUUUCAUCCAAAACAGUAGAUCUUAAAUAACCCAAAAGCUGUAAAUUGGAUUUUUUAAAUUUGAUUUUGAAUUUUAACAAUAAUUAUGAACAAACAAAUUCCACAAUAAUUUUUGAGUGAUUUGAAGAAGUCAUGUUUAUAGCUAAUUUUUUUUUUUAAAAAAUCAUGAUAGAUUAUUUUGAAUAAUUAUAUUUACGUAUGGUCUAAAGCCAAGAGACAAUUAGGUUACCAUUCACUGUUACUACAACCUCAAUCUUUGGUUGUUAUUUGUUACUGUCUGUGUGUUUGGUUCUAAACACACACUUAGCAGUUUUUCUACCAAGAACUGUUGAGAUUUGUUAAGAUAAAGACCCUGUCUGUAAAUAAAGCAUAUUUAUUAUGUAUAAAUGUACAUUAAACUUGUUGUUGUUGACAGAUCACUAAA